CCCACCCCGAACCAUCCAACGCCCGGUCUUCCUCCGUAGUUACGAUGGACCCAAAUGCAGAAGAACUUCGAAGUACCAGCUGUAUAUCGGAAUUCAGUAUUAUUUUGGAGUGGUGUCUUGUAGGGGUGCCGAGAAAGAAGCGGGGCUCCUGCGCCUAGUGUGUGGAAUGGACAUGCCAGCGCUAGGUUGCUCAUUUACUGAUCUUUAGCAGAUUGUAAUCUCAUCAGAUGGUCAGUCUCAGCACCCCCCUGCCGGGAAAAGAAGAGGCUGGCUGCUUUGUGCGGGAUUCAUUCUGGACGACUUUAUCCUGUCCGGGGUGGGACGCGUCCAGUAGUGUAAAAAGGACCGCGAUUAUUAGCGUUCAACUUUCAGGAACCGGACUCUCCGUUUCAUCUGCGGCUGUGGAUUAUUCGUGAAAACUGAAACUUUUUCAACUUCGAUGAGCAAGAAAUGGGUUUUUUAAACAGGGAGAGGAGCUCGUUUUUCUUUUCAUGUGUAAUUAUUCUCAUGACAGAAGCUGCUUAUUGCGCGAGGAGGACUGCCGUGAGAAAACAAGAUCGACUGAGUCCUCCCCUGGACAUCCAGGUGGAGCCCCUGAACUGUACGGCAUUCAGUGUGCGCUGGAGGAUGCCCCGACGCCACAUCAGCACCAUCACCGGGUACAAGGUGUUUUACACAGAGAUGAAGAACAACAGGCCAGUGAGUAUAGCUGUGACACAUGACAUUCCUUUGAGUCUGGACAUGCUUACUAUGGGGCAGUUUGAUGGACAAGCAAGUUUUACUGAAGAUGGGUCCACCCUGUAUCUGCUCCAGGACGUUGUCAUUGGUAACCUCAAGGUGGGCACUCAGUACAGGGUCAGCGUUGGAGCUUUCGGAUGGGCGGGAGAAGGGAGGCCCAGCAUGCCUCGUGAUGUCACCACUGCUUCUCGAGAUAAAUGCAUCCCACCUUCCCCGCCAACGCAGGCUCGGGCCCUGGCUGUGUCCGACACAGAAGUAGCAUUGUCAUGGAAACAGGGAGAGAGUCAAGGCAGCUCGCCGGUUCAGUACUUCUUGGUGGAGUACAUAAGGCCUGAGCUGGACACAGAGUGGACAGCAAUCAAAGAGCCCAUUGAGUCCAACUCCAUGGUUCUGAAGGGGCUCGUCCCAGACACACAGUACCAGUUUGUUGUAAGAGCCGUCAAUGCACAUGGGACCAGCCAGCCCAGUGAAACCAACAUCCAAGUCAGGACGCUCAGUACUGAUGAGCUGGGCAGUGGACAUCAUGGGCAGAGCUACAUCACGGACUCCAAGAUCAAUGACGAGGUGGCCUUUGGGAUUGAUGACUCAGACUACGAUAUAUACAUUGAAGAGCUCAGGCCGUUUCCUGCCAUCAAGGAGGACAACAGGAAGUUCCAGUUGGAGGCUAAGGCCUCUCCUGCCUCUCAGACAGGAAAAGGGAGACUGAAGUACACAGUGACCACUACCACGUCCACGACUCCAACUUCUGCCACUACUACCACCACGCCUGCCCCCACGACCUCCGCCCCCACGCGAAGGGGUGGCACCAUGCCCCGCCUGCACGAUCUGCCCUGUGACGACACGGUCUGCCCCGCCGACAGCUUCUGCGUCAACGACUACGACAGCGGCGGCUCGCGCUGCCACUGCAGCCUGGGCAGAGGGGGGCCCUUCUGUUCGGAAGGUGUUCCAGUCCAGUAUCCAAAGUUCUAUGGCUUUUCCCAUAUGGCUUUCGAACCACUGAAGAAUUCCUAUCAAACGUUUCAGAUCACCAUUGAAUUCAAGGCAGAGGCAGAGGACGGGCUGCUGCUGUACUGCGGGGAGAAUGAGCAUGGGCGCGGAGACUUCAUCUCCCUGGCUGUCAUCCGGCGCAGGCUGCACUUCAGGUUUAACUGUGGCACAGGGACAGCUGUCAUUAUUAGUGAGAGCAGAGUCAGGCUGGGCAGCUGGCACAGUGCCACACUCUCCAGAGAUGGCACGAACGGGUGGCUGCGUCUGGACAACGACACGCCUGUAACUGGCCGGUCCCAGGGCCAAUACACCAAGAUCACUUUCAGGACUCCCUUCUAUGUGGGGGGCACUCCCAAUGCUUAUUGGCUAGUGAAGGUGACUGGGACCAACCGAGGUUUCCAAGGCUGCGUCCAGAUGCUGAACGUCAACGGCAAGGCCAUCGAUAUGAGGCCCUGGCCCAUGGGCCGAGCCCUGAGUGGGGCUGAAGUUGGUGAGUGCAGUGCCAGUGUGUGUGAGGAGGUUGUCUGUGCCAAUGGAGGGAUGUGCUUUGCUAACAGAGCAGAUUCCUACAUCUGCCUGUGUCCGCUGGGCUUCAGAGGAAAGCACUGUGAGGAGAGUUUCUGGUUGGCGCUGCCCCAGUUCAACGAGACCUUGUUGUCUUACGCUUGUGUGCCUUGGCCCCUGGCGCCUCAGCACUACCUCUCCUUCAUGGAGUUUGAGGUCACCUUUCAGCCCACCGCAGAGGAUGGGGUCCUCCUCUACAGCGAAGACACCAACAGCAAGGACUUCAUCUCCAUCACCCUGGCGAAGGGUCACCUGGAGUUCCGCUUUGACUGUGGCUCCGGCCCGGCUCUCAUCAGGAGCGAGGAGCCGGUCAGCAUGAACACGUGGCAUGAGGUGCACGUCUCCCGCACAGCCAAGAACGGCAUCCUGCAGGUGGACUCCCAGAAUCCCAUGGAGGGGAUGGCUGAGGGUGCCUUCACUCAGAUCAAGUGCAACACUCCCCUCUACAUUGGGGGGGUUCCAGACUAUGACAGCACCAAGAGGGGAGCAGCUGUUUUCAGACCUUUCAGUGGAAGUAUCCAAAAGAUCAUCCUGAAUGACCGCACUGUCCAGCUGAAUAAGGACUUUGCCUCUGGGGUCAACGUGGAGAACGCCGCUCACCCCUGUGUGAGGAACCCCUGCGCCAACGGUGGCUCCUGCAGACCCAAGAGAGAUGGGUACGAAUGUGACUGCUCACUGGGCUUCGACGGGCUGCACUGCCAGAAAGAAUGUGGAAAUUAUUGCUUGAACACCGUCACUGAAGCCAUUGAGAUCCCUCAGUUUAUUGGCCGCAGUUACCUCACCUACGACAACAGAGAUAUCCUGAAAAGGGUGUCAGGCUCUCGGACAAACGUGUUCCUGAGGUUCAAGAGCAUGGCAAAGGAUGGGCUGUUGCUGUGGAGAGGCGAGAGCCCCAUGAGGCCCAACAGUGACUACAUCUCCCUCGGACUGCAAGAUGGCGCCCUGGUCUUCAGCUACAACCUGGGCAGCGGGGUCGCCACGGUGAUGGUGAAUGGAUCCUUCAAUGAUGGCCGUUGGCACCGCGUCAAGGCAGUUCGUGAUGGGCAGUCUGGGAAACUCACAGUGGACGACUACGGUGCUAAGACAGGCAAAUCACCAGGCAAGAUGCGUCAGCUUAACAUCAAUGGGGACCUGUAUAUUGGGGGAAUGAAGGAGAUUGCGCUACACACAAACCGGCAGUACAUGCGAGGCCUUGUGGGCUGCAUCUCUCACUUCACCCUGUCCACGGACUACCACCUCUCCCUAGUGGAGGACGCAGCCGACGGGAAGAACAUCAACACCUGUGGGAACAAGUAGGAGCUGCCCCCUGUUCCUGAGGGGCUCUGCUACAGGGGAAAGCACAGACCUCAAGGACCGAAGGCACAGUGGCCGCACCACACAGGCACUUCGUCACCCGAACGAAGUCUCGCCCCAAGCUUCUGAAGGACAGCGUUUAGCCAUGUAAAAGUAAUAAGAAUUUCCCAUUCCCUUGUUCUUCUCCUCGACAAGUGCCCUGUUAGCCAGAACAUGUGACGUUAAAACCCUGUCAGUGAAUACUACGAAGCAGCGGGGUAAUUCAAGGCCGGACUGGAAGAACCAACAUGCCGUGCAAGCGGGCCACCUUCAGGAAAGUGUUCUGGCGGUCCUUCCUGUGGAUUUAGGAAGUGUUGGCCACUUUCCCGACCAGGUCAAAAUGAAAUCUCAAUCAUUGGACUUGGUAACCUUCAUACUGUGUUUUGUUCCAAAACCCUCCAGAUACGUAUUUAUGCUAAUGUGAGACUGCAAGAAACAAAAGGUUGAGGAGAGGAACGCAAUCUUAGUUGUUUUUCUGGUACAUUUUCUAUAGCAUGUACUCCGAAGUACAGCACUACCAAAAAAUGAAAGGUAAAAUGAAUGAGCUAUUUUUAUUGAUUACUUAGUUUUGUAAAUCUCUCUGAUCUAGAGAUAUUGUAUUGUGUCACAUGUUAAUGGGGGGAAAAAACAACUCAAUUAUUUGGGGGGAAAAAACACAAGAAACACAGGAGCAAUCCUGAAAACAGGAACUAGGCACUACUCAGCCUAAAAGGCAAGGGCAUGAUGAAUAGGAAGAGGAAGAGCUAGCGUGUGUGAGAGUUCAGGCUUUGUUUUGUUAACAGAUCCAUUAGGCCUCAGUUAUGUCAGGGACAUUGGUCAAAAGCAUGUUUUUACAUCUUUCAGACAUCCAUCUAAAGAAAAACACAGCGAAGAUGCUGACUUUGUCGGACCCAUUUAAUAUAUUAUUAUUAUUAUAUACUAUAUAUAAUUAUAUAUAAUAUAUAUUAAUAUAUAUAUUAUUAAUAUAAAGUAGUUUCUUUUUAUCUUUAAACAAAUGUUCUGCUAUUUUUGGGAACGUGCUCUUGGCAAGUUGGAAAUGUUCCUAAACAUUUGUUUAGCAACACUGACAUGCUGUGUUGCUGGUACAAUGGGAAAAACGCACAAGUAGGUGAGAAGCCAUAUAUCCCCCUGGUAAAUCUUUGUUGUGUUAUGCUUCCAUUGUUGUAUAGAUUGUCAAGCUGAUCUUUUUUAUGAAUUUCAAUAUAACUGUUUUCAGUAACUGGUUCUCCAUACAGGAGGUGAUACUGUAUCCAAUUUGUCUGGGCUGUGCAUGUCACAUACUGUAUAUCCCCAAGGACAAGCAUAUUUGCUUUAAUACUAAAAGCAGCAGUCCUACUGGGUUCAUCUUCAUCAGGGCCUGAAAAAUCAAUCAAUUGAUCGAAUACAGCAACCAAAGACAUUCUUGCUUAAUAGUUAAUUCUCCAUUCAGAUACAUGGUCAUUUUCUAUGAUUAAACUGGGCUCAUAUCUGGUGCUUUGGCUAGUUUAUUUUUUCCCCGUUUUAUGUCCACCCAGUUGGGAAUGGAAUGUGACUCUUAACUUGGGAUUGCUGUAUACCUCACCUGGAGAAUGGGCAUCUGCUAAGACAUGCUCAUCGGACAGGGCCUAUCACCUUUUGACAUGCUGUGGGAUCCAGGUCAGGUCAGGAAGGUCAUUGCUGACUAGAAGGACAGGGUGGCUCUGACUGAUGUCAGUGCAGACUCAUAGGCACCCAGCACGCCUCACGGAUUGGCACCCAGCAUGCCUCAGGGGUAUGCACUAGGCAUUCCCCAGGAGUUGCUGUUGUGUUUGAAGUUGAGAAGAGUCCUAGAUGACUAAUGCCCUCCCUAUCCUGAUGGUAUCUGCCAGCUGUGGACCAAGGCUCAGGGAAUCCCAUUGCAGUCAGGGAAUGAUAUGGAGCACAGGUUCCAACCUGUGAGGGCCCUCAGCAUCCGUCUUCUUUAUGCACUCUAUUUGAAGUAAAAAUGAUAGCACAGUGUUACUCCUUGUUUGAAGCACUCCAUUGGGUUAGACACGUUUGACAGCAAUUAUCCUUUUGAUUAAAUCAGCUUGUGGGUGACCCCAAUGCUACAAAGAUUAGGCAAACACAAAUUUAUUUUAAAGGACUCUAACUCAGUUCCUAAAGAAAUGCACAAUGUUACAUACAGACUGCCACAUAUGAGCCCAAGUAAUACACUCAGCCAUGCCAAAUUCUGGUGGUGCCAAAUUCACAAACUGCAUUGAUUAAACAGCAAUGGAUUAAAAAGUUUGUCUUGUCUUACAAACCAUGGCAGGCUGCACACUGGAAAGAAGGAGGGCAGGUUCCUAAUAAUGGAUUAUUCUGCCAUACUGGAGCUGUUGAGUACGGCUUGAUGUACAGUAGUUAGAGUGGAGAGUUAGAAUGUGUGCUUUGACAUUAUACAGUAAUACUUGGUAUCAAAUAGACCAGCAAAUGUAGCAUUUACAUGUAACAUUUAAGCAGCAUCUUAACAACAUGUUAAUCAGCUGUGAGUAAAGGUACAGUAAUGGCUAAGGUCUGUUACGGUUGUUUUGCUAAUUAACAUAGUCAUUGCUGAGUAUGAUUUGGGCUUAUGUAGUAUGCUGUGGUAGGAAACAUAUUUCCUCUGGAAGUGAAUAUGCACGCUAAUAAUGUUGUCGACAUUUAUUCCCGAUUAAUCUAGGGAAGACCCUAUUGGAAAGAUUUAAGUGUUAUGAAACAAUUACAAAAUGAUUGGCCAAACACUGCCUUCUUUCAUCUGGUUAUAUUCAGGCUGUUUUGUGAAGACAGUGAAACUUGUUGCCACACAGGGAUCUGUCAAUACACACCCUCCAAGACAGCUUUCUCGGUCAGAAUACCCAGCAUUUUAGCACUAAUAGAGAUGAGAUAAUAUGAGAAAUUGCAUUUUCUUUUGUUGUGUUAUUAAAUAUAGCAUCAUUACAAUACUUUUUUAGUGUGGAGUAUAGUCUUUCUCUGUAUAAUUGUGAUCCCUGUCCAUUCCUCUUACCCUUAGCACAGAAUUUUGUAAAUGAUGUCUAUUCUUGAAGAUGUAAAUUUAUGAUGCCCUUCAGUUUUAAGUAAAUAAACCAACAUAUUUAAUAAAACUUUUUUUUUCCAUCAGUUUUGUUAACAGUGAAUAACCUGACAAAGUCUUGGAAGGCACAGUGACAAAGUCAGUGGGGUAUAAGUGAAAAUUAUUGUUAAUCAUAUAGUAUAAUUUCUUGCCAUUUGCAUUUUAGACGUCUGUCUAUAUCUGUGCACACUAUCUUGUAUCAGGACUAUUCAAAUGAAAUGCAGAUUGUCUCACUGUUUCAAGGCCAGAAUUCUGGAGAUCUAACAGAGGCAACUUGAGCAGACAAAACAAGAUCAAAACUAACUGGACAUUUCUGAGCACUUUGUGCAUUGGUGCUGACAUUGUUGCUUCUGUCUAGUGUUCAGCUACACAUAAACCCGCCACAGUAUUCAAGGCAUUGUCUUCUAAAUGAGGAGUCAGUAAACACUCUCUCAGUGUUGAGAAAGAGCUUGAUAUGAAGAGUGCUGACCCAGGAUACCGAUGAUUAAACAGUACAUACAGGGAGAGGGUUAAUUUGAAUAGUUAAUAUAAAGGCCAGUCACAGAAGAGGCCAGCAGAAAAUAGGUUCAGUAAAUGUGUGUCAAUAAAAGGUCAAGUUUCAACAGUCAGUGUCUUUGGAGUCCGUGUGUUUUAUUGAACCAAAACAUUUGAGAAGUAUUAAAUAAUAAAAGCUUGUUUCCACAACGUUUUCCAAGAUUCGCAAAACAUUAAAUGUGUAUUUUGUAGCUCAGUCUUAGUUUCACUUUUAUUAUGAGAAUGCUAACCAUGCAAGUAACUACCUGGUGAACUAUUUUUUACUUGACCUUUUUAAUUAAUAGUUUGUUCAUUUUUGUCAUACUGUAUAUCUUGGAAUUUAUCAAAAGCAUUCAUGUGGUACCGUAGAUAAAAUAUGUAAUAAAAAAUUUCAAGACAUUUUAACAUUAGUGACAUACUGUAGACUGCCUUAAACUGCUGUUAGCUGCUCCCAUUCUUGGUCUUGCUUCUCGGUUGUUUGCAGACAUACCCAGGAUACUUAGUUAUUUUUAGUAUUUUUAAUUUAAAUGGCAAGUUACCAAUUGGCUGGUUGGCGUAUCUUCACGAGGGAUGUCUUAUGAUAAAAUGGAAUUUUCACGGCCGAAACGUUUUCUCUCUUCUCUUUUCAGCACGGAAUAAACCUGUUACAUGUUCUUUGUUUCAGUGUUGGUCAUGAUUCACCUGCAGGUGACCAAAUGCUGCACUUGUAGAUUUUAGAUGAUACUGGAUUUAGCCUAAUCUUCUCUGAAAGGUGACGUCCAUGGUUCUGGGUAGGACUCUACUGGAAACUUGAAGAAUGUAAUGCUGGGGCAAGUGCAUUUGGAGCUUGCUGAGAGAUGACUGUAGUCACCUGAACGCUUCAAAACAAUUGUUGGGCGAUCCACUGAAACAUCAUCAGCCUACUGGGGUUUGAUUACUGAAG